AUGCUGUCUACCGAAAACGGCAAUGCAAGUUUGACGACACCUCCACCACCGGGUGAACAGGUAGAUUUAAACGCCGCCGUCGCGGCACUAUCUACCAUGCGGCUCCCCAGUUUUUGGCGCCAUGCUCCCGAGCAAUGGUUCGUGCACGCUGAGACUAUUUUCCACAACCAGCGCAUCAAAUCUGACCUAUCGCGCGUCAACCACGUGGUCGCCACGUUGGACGAGGACGGAAUCCGUACAGUUACAGACCUACUAGGUCCAGAUGCUAGGUACGACCUCAUAAAAAGCCGACUUAUUACGGCGUACGUCGUCCCUACCGCCGCUCGGUUUCGUUCAAUGGUACAGCCUGGAGGUUUGGGCGACCGUCGCCCAUCACAAUUACUGCGUGACAUGCGAAGCGGAACCACCGACGGCAUCGGCGAAAAAGCCCUUAAAGAAUUCUGGCUACAGAAACUGCCUCCCGCUAUCCGCGCAGUCGUCAUUAGUCUCGACGGCAAUUUGGAUUCAGUCGCUGAACGCGCCGAUCGAAUUAUGGACGCAACAACAAGUCACAACAUCACUUCAGUCUCCACCUACAGUGACACGGAUCGUUUCAGAGCGAUCGAAAAUUCCAUUUUGGCGCUUACUACGCAAAUCGCCGCACUGGCCACAGCCCAAGCAAAAUCGCUCCGAACGUCACGUCCAACCACGCAGUCAACAUCUAACCGAUCACGUUCGCGCUCAAAAUCACGCCCGCGUAAUGACAGCUGGUGUUUUUACCACAACAAUUUCGGCGCCGAAGCGCGAAAUUGUCGCGACCCGUGUACUUUCCGCUCGGAAAACUAGUGGAAGCGGCGGAGGCCCCACUACCUUCCGCCGCCCACCCGACACGCCGCGUGUUCGUCAGCGACACACUAACCGGCAAGCAAUAUCUGAUCGAUUCCGGUGCCGAAAUAUCUGUGUUACCACCUACCGCAGGCGCACGUCCCGCGUCCGACAUAGUGUUGACGGCCGCCAACGGUACACGAAUACAAACGUACGGCCCCAAAACGUUACGUUUAAAUUUCGGCGUCAAACGAACAUAUACUUGGACAUUCGAAAUGGCAGACGUCGCUCGACCUAUCAUUGGCGCCGACUUCUUACAUUAUUUCGGUUUGCUUAUCGACGUCAAGCAUCACCGUCUUAUCGACCCUACAGAACAAAAUGUGAUUCAAACGAUAUCCAUUAAUGACGUCAGUACUACAGCAUUUGCCGUUUCUCACUCGCACAAAUGGACCGAUUUGCUGCAGGCAUUUCCCGACGUCACGCGCGAAUCGCCCGUGCCUACCGUGUUCAAGCACAACGUCGUACACGAGCUACGUACCACCGGACCACCAUUAUUCUCCCGCCCAAGACGACUACCACCGGAACGUGACCAGAUAGCACGCCGCGAAUUCGAAGGGGAUUUGUCGUCCGUCCUCAAGCGCCUGGGCCAGCCCACUUCUGCUAGUUGCCAAAAAAGACGGGUCAUGCCGACCAUGCGGCGACUAUCGGCAUCUUAACGCGGUCACACGUGCUGACCGUUACCCGUUGCCUCAUCUGCAUGAUUUCACGGCACACCUGGCAGGCCGGUCAUG